CGUAUGCGUACAAUGGUGUGAUUGAUAUGUGAAGCACAUACACUUUCCAAUAGUGUCGUGUGCAGUUUAAAAAUCCUCUAUCCUCUCACCCGCCUUCAACAAACUCAAACAACUCCGACCUCAGCAAAACUUUAGUCGCCGUCUCUAUUUCAUUCAGUCACCUGCUUUAAACUUCUUAAUUCAAUAUCGGUUGAACUACGAACGAGCCAGCCAAAAAAAUGCCGAACUGUCCAAAAUGCGAAAAACCUGUGUACUUUGCUGAGCGUAAGCAAUCUCUGGGCAAGGACUGGCAUCCAGGAUGUCUAAGAUGCGAAAAGUGCAAUAAAACCCUUGCCCCGGGAUCCCAUGCUGAGCACGAAGGUAAACCAUAUUGCUCGAACCCAUGCUAUUCAGCACUUUUUGGACCAGGCGGUUUUGGAAGAGGAGGCGCUGAAAGUUAUGUUUACAAGAAGUAAAUAUGUUAAUGUACACAUAUUUAAGUUUGUAUUAUGGAACCUGGAAAAAUGUUAAUAUAAAUUUAUUUAAUAUUUUUUUGUAACCCAGAAAAAAAUAAUGAUAAAAUGUUAAGUUUACUAAUUAUAUUUUAUAUUAAUAACUACAUAAAAGUAUUAUAUAUAAAAUACUACUUGUAAUGUACUGUUUUAAUAAACCUAAGAAUUACGAAA